GUUAGCUGCUCGUGCGGCGCCUGGAGCCCGUCGUUCGGUCGAUCGCGCGUCUAGCAGUGUAGCGAGGCUAUAGCAGUUUGCUUGGCAAUUGGGAUACGCGGCUGCUUAGCGUUAGCUCAAGCUUGCGGAUCGUGCUGUGCCGAGACAAAGGUCUACCAGCAAUGAAUCUAAAGCACCAGCGAUAGCCGACCGGGCUGAAUCCUUGCUUUGCCCUUGCAUGCGAGCUGUAGCUUGGUGGUGCCCCGCGACCUUUGUCAGAUAUUGCAAACCAGAGUCAGGGGCCGUCCCAAGGCUCUCCGAAGACGCCUGGACGCGUCGCUGGCUUGCUUUUCGGCUGAUCGGGCGCCGAGGCCUGGGUCUCAGCACUUGGCUGCGGAGCGCGUCACAUUCGGCGGCGGCGUACGAUCCACGCCCGUUGCGGGCCGCGCGAGAGCGCACACGAUCUCUCUUCAAGGCCUGACCCGGUCGUGGGUAGAAAAACCGACGGUAGGAGGUCCAAUUUCGUCUCUGUGACCCGAGUGCUCUCUCAGACGAGAGACCGAAGGCGGAAAGCGACAGGACCGCAGCGCCUCCAGCCCACAAAAACAAGAAAAUGGACAGCGCCGCGGCGCCGGAGGACGUCGUCGUGGCCGCCGAGACGGAGGAAAAGCCCGUCAAAGCCGUGCGCAUCCCGACGCCAGAAAAGGACGACGCCAACGAGUUGUUAAGGUUACGCGCCGACUGCGCGCGAGACGUGGAACGGGCCUGCUCUUCACUAAGGAGCACCUUCGAACAGCGCUUCGCCAAGGAAAAGGCCGCGCAUGAUAGAAGAUGGGCCGAGACCGAGCGGAAGAUGCGCGAUGAUUUGGAAACCGCGCUGCAGGAGGCCUCGCGCCGCGCCGACGACCGCUACGCGUCCGAGGCGGCGCGUUUUGAGUUGAGAAGGCGGGCUUCCCUCCAAUCGACAGCUCCCCAGGAGUCUGAUUUAGAGGCCACAAAAGCUGAAUUGGACCUGGCUUAUGCGACCUUUGAACCCACGCUCGAGGCUCAAAGGGAAGCACAAAAACAGUUAGUAGCAGCAAGGAAGGCCGCCGUCGAGGCGUCCAAAACCAACGAGUCCAUCCCCAUCAAGGUCAUGGGCCAGCUCGAUGUCAGACGACUCACACAGAGAGGCAUGACGAUGCUGCAGAUCUCGGAGCUGCAGGAGCGGCUGCGGUGCCACGAGUUCCAGCCCACACGCGUGAUAGUUGAUCAGAAUGGAGAGGCGAAGGAUGUUGUAGAUCGCGACGACCCGGAACUCGUGGCCUUGCGGGUCGAGUUUGGGGACGUCGCGGUUGACGAGGUCGUGCGGUGCUUCCGCGAGCUCGACGCCUGGAACCCUUCUGGAAGGUACUCCGUGAGCGUGCCGUGGGACCCCGGGUCCAAUGAAGAAAUGGCGCCGGCGCAAGUUAUCGAUCGCCUCGCGGCGCCGCGGCGGCCGUCGGUGCAGGAGCGCACGGCGGCGUUCAUUUCUGGUAGGAGGGCGCAGCAGGCACCACCACCACCAGCGCGCCUCCACAACCGCACCCAAAGCUCGCGCGCGGCCGCGGGCGGCGCGCGGCAGCGCUCGCACUCGGGCCUGUCCGAGCGCGCAGCGGGCCUCCGCCAGUUCUUCGGCUGGCCCGAGAGCCGCGGUCGCACGGGGAGUGCGUGAGCCGUUGUCCCCC